AUGAUUGAGUACCAACUGAAGUCGCGCAACUCUAGCGAAAGACAACUGCUCAUUACAGAAGAUGAAUCAGAGCCCGGAUCGUCGAUAUUUAUCCCGCCGGGGGACUCGUGUAGCCAAGAUCCACAAUCUGUUCCGCCGAGCCGCCCUAACCCGCCAAUAUGGUUUCCCCGCUGGUUGGCCAAUCUGCUCAAUAUCUUCGUGGGAUGUCUAGUUAUUGCUGCCGGCGAGCUCGCGAUCAACAUUUAUAUACCCAGCGUCUACAGCGAAGGUUACGCCCACCUCGCCCGCUUCAUGGUGCUCCAAAUCCUCUUGAAUUUGUUGGCAAUACGUCUUGGCGCACAUAAGGACAACCCGUGCUACCAAAUGAAGCGCCUGCACAUUACGAGCGAGAGGUUGCAGCGAAACGCUACACAAACCUAUCGCGACGACAAGGGCGAAGAGGUCAAGGCGUAUCGGUGGUGUCCUCCUUGUGAUCGGCUUCAACCAUUCCGUACCGUGCACUGCCCAUUUUGCGGGACGUGCUCUUUCCGCAAUGAUCACCACUGCUUCUUUGUGACUGCUUGCAUUGGUAUUUUUACUUUGCGUUUCUUCAUCCAAAUGGCUUUCUGGUUGUUCCUCGUCGGCGUCUGGUCGAUUCAAUGUUUCUUCGAGCAGCGGCGCGAUAAAGCGGAUGAUGAUGGCACAUGGGCAUCUUACUUCACGUCGCUGUGCCCCGUGGUGGUAGAUGUUCUCGGUGUGCAUGCGUUGGGCUUUAAUAUGUUCCGAUGGUUGUGGGAAGGCUACCGCCCGACAUUCAGCACAGCGCUUCCAUGGGUCAGUUACAUACUUGGUGCUGUCGCUGCGAUGGCGGGCUCUUCAAUUCUGGCAAUGGAGACGUUUUUCCUCUACAAGGGGUAUGCGAUGAUGGAGUUUUUCGUCGCCCGCGACAAACCUUUGAAGGGUGAUCGUGGAAUUAGCCUUUACUCGCGCGUCAAAUUCGUCCUCGGCGACCGCUUCUACCUGAAUUGGCUGUUGCCCCCUUUCUGGAGUGACGUGAACUGGACGUCAGAAUUCAAAAAGACCCAUUUCUACGAGCCAUUCAGGACGGCGAGUCUCAUA